GGUCCGACCAAUAUUAUCCUCCCCCUUCAGCUGGUCAGCAUGGUGCGAGGGCAGCAGAGGAGAGAAAUCGUUUGAUAAAUUCGUUAUAAAACCAAUUAAAUAGUCACUUUUUUCCGCGCAAAAUGAUUUUUAUUAGGAUAAAGUCUCUGUAGGCUCGAUAUGGGGACAGAGAGGGAGCAGAGUUUCCAUCCAAGUGAUGAAGAAAUCCAGAGGUGGAUGGCCAGUGCUUUUGACAUGGCUAAAGAUGCUCUGGAGAACGGGGAGGUGCCGGUCGGAUGCCUGCUGGUCUACAACAACCAGGUGGUGGGAAAAGGAAGGAACGACGUCAAUGAGACCAAAAAUGCCACUCGCCACGCUGAGAUGCUGGCCCUGGACCAGCUGCUGGACUGGUGUCGCCAUAGCAACGUGGACGCCGGGAGUGUGUGUGAGCGAACGGUGCUGUACGUCACUGUGGAGCCGUGCAUCAUGUGCGCCGCCGCCCUGCGCCUGCUCCACAUCCCUCUGGUCGUGUUCGGCUGCAGGAACGAGCGGUUCGGAGGCUGCGGCUCCGUGAUGGACGUCACCUCCGCUCAGCUGCCACACACUGGGACGGCCUUCCAGUGUGUUGCAGGCUACAGAGCAGAGGAGGCUGUAGAGAUGCUUAAGACUUUCUACAAACAGGAAAAUCCAAACGCCCCCAAACCAAGAACCAGGAAAGACUGAUGCUGCCAAACAAUUUAUAUCUCUCAAUUCAUGUUUUAGUUAUUUUCUCCUUUUUAUAGUGUCAUUUGAUAAAUAAAAAUAUUACAAAAAGUG